AUGUCCUUUGUGUUCAGCCAGCGCCCAAGGCCUGGGCGCCUGAGCGGCCUCUUAGGUUGCGCGGUGCUGAGGGAGGUGCCGUGCGGCUCGAGGGCCUGGGUCCCCAGCCUGCUCGUGCGCCCCUGCUCGGGAGGGCCCUCCUGGACCCGGGAGCGGACCCUGGUGGCCGUGAAGCCAGAUGGGGUGCAGCGGCGGCUUGUUGGGGAUGUGAUCCGGCGUUUGGAGAGGAGGGGCUUCAAGCUGGUGGGGGUGAAGAUGCUGCAGGCGCCAGAGAACGCCCUUGCUGAGCACUACCACGACCUUCGGAGGAAGCCCUCCUGCCCAGCCCUCAUCAGCUACCUGAGCUCUGGCCCCGUGGUGGCCACGGUCUGGGAAGGCCCCAAUGUGGUCUGCACCUCAAGGGCCAUGAUAGGGCACACGGACUCAGCUGAGGCUGCGCCCGGCCCCAUUCGAGGCGACUUCAGCUUCCACAUCAGCAGGAACAUCAUCCACGCCAGCGACUCCGAGGAGGGGGCCCAGAGGGAGAUCCAGCUGUGGUUCCAGAGCAAUGAGCUGGUUGACUGGGCAGACGGAGGCCACCGGAGCAGCCUCUACACAGCCUGA